AUUAUUUUUGAGAAGCAGUGGUUCUAUCUGGAUAAUGCCAUCGGACAUAUUUAUGGAACUACUUUUGAAGUAACCAGUGGUGGAAACCUCCAGCCAAAGCAAGAGGUGGAAGAGACUACCACAGAAACAAAAGAAGCAGGUACAGAUAAUCGUAACAUAGUUGACGAUGGAAAGUCUCAAAAACUGACUCAUGAUGACAUAAAGGCUUUGAAGGACAAGGGUAUUAAAGGACAGGAAAUAGUUCAACAGUUAAUAGAGAACAGUACAACAUUCAGAGACAAAACAGAAUUUGCUCAAGAUAAAUACAUAAAGAAGAAGAAAAAAAAAUAUGAGGCAGUUAUUACAAUUGUGAAACCAUCCACUCGCAUUCUUUCAACAAUGUAUUAUGCAAGGGAACCUGGAAAAAUUAACCACUUGCGAUAUGACACCCUAGCUCAGAUGUUGACUUUAGGAAACAUCCGUGCUGGCAACAAGAUGAUUGUAAUGGAAACAUGUGCAGGCCUUGUGCUGGGGGCGGUGAUGGAACGAAUGGGAGGCUAUGGAUCCAUUAUUCAGAUGUAUCCAGGAGGGGGACCUGUUAGAGCUGCUACCAGUUGUUUUGGAUUUCCAAAACUUUUUUUCAGUAAUCUCCAUGAAUUUCCUCUCAGCAAAGUGGAUAGUCUCCUCUCUGGGACAUUUUCUACAGAGACUCUGCCUUCAGAACCUGAAGAUAACGCGCUAGUGGAAGAAGAAAGCAAUGGAUUGACUGAGGAGAAGACGACUUCCCUACAGGAAACAGAAGAGGAAUCCACUACUGAAGCAGCUAUGGAGAUCAACCAAACAGAAGAGCAGGAAACAAUGGACAUUAAUGCUGAAGAUGUAGAAUUUAAAGAGAACAAAGAAAAAGAAAAUAAAGAAAAUGUUCGGGAAAAGCAAAGAAAACAAUGGGAGAGAAGGAAAAAGCUAAUAGAAGCUGCUGCUUUGUUGAGAGAGAAGAAUGCUGAUGGCUUAAUUGUAGCCAGCAAGUUUCAUCCCACUCCUUUAUUACUUUCUUUAUUGGAAUUUGUUGCUCCUUCGAGGCCUUUUGUUGUCUACUGCCAGUAUAAAGAGCCAUUAUUAGAAUGUUACACAUUUUUUUUGGAAAGAGGCGGUGUUAUUAACCUAAAGCUGUCUGAAACCUGGCUACGAAACUACCAGGUCUUACCGGAUCGAAGCCAUCCAAAACUGACAAUGAGCGGAGGUGGAGGGUACCUUCUAUCUGGUAUAACUGUUGUCUUGGAUAAGGGCAAAUCUGAUUCCAGUAGUUCAGAAGCACUGAACAUGGAAGAGCCAUCAUCUAAAAGAUGCAAAGUUCAAGACCCUCAUUGUUAACAUUUGAAGAAUUGAUUUGGUUUUUAGAUCUCAGGAGUCCUACUGUUAGUAAAAUAACAAUACACUUUCUGUGCACUUGACAGCACAGAAGUUGUACCUGUCACACACCUGUCAGCAAAAAGCAGCAGAACUGUGUGAUAGGGAGGAUUCUCUCGCUCUUUACUGGUUUACAUGAUCAGAAUGAGAAGA